CACACACGUGCUGUGUGUCCCAGAGAGACUAAAUCACACACACACACGAGGCUAAGGUGUGCAUGACCCGUGGUCCAUCAGAGCCAGGCUGACGGGCGUUAACGUGAAAGGAGCACUGAGGUGAUUGGUCACAGCUGAUCGACGCCGGCCUCAUCUCCUUCCUGUGGUGCUUUCUGCCUUCAUUCAUUCAUUCAUUCAUUCAUAGUGAAAGGUCUCUAGAACAACAUGAAUGUUUAGCACAGCAGGGUGACUGGGUGCACCUCUACAGAGUCAGUCUAAUUCAACAUGGCCGCCACAGAGGUCAGCAGUCAUCGCUCACGCGCACCCAGCACCAGUGGCUCUUGUGAUGCGCCAUGAGAUCCUGCUGACCAGCAGCAGACCUCAGGUGAAAACACCUGUCGAGUAUGAAACACUUCACUAGAACAAACCGGUACACACAGGUGGGUCUUAAACAGGUCAAAGGUCAGAGCAUCUGUCACAUUCAGGGGCAGCCUGGUGCACAGAGAGCUCCAGCUCUGGUUAGAGGACCUGAGUUGUGCUGGAGGCGUUUGUGAUGCUUUAUCGUUUCAACCUGAUCAGAUGGAAGUUUUAAUGUUCUAAUCUUCUGAUUCCAGGUGGGCCUCCUGUCUUUUGUCCUCCUCUCUCCACCUCAGACCCAAAGAAUCAGCUGAGAUAGACCAGAACUUUCCCUUCACCCUGUUUAGUCUGCCUUUAGGGCGGCGGAGCUAAGAGGUCCAGGCGAGGUGUCGGGAACAGCCUGAGGAGGAGUGAUGGUCUCCUCCUGGCAGGUCAAGGCGAGUUUCUGACCUCACCUUCUCACCUGACAGAGAACACCAGUGCUGCCCUUCAUUCCAUCACUCAUAGGGUUCCUUUAGACACGCGCUCUGUCAUACAGAGCAGACUGGGGGAUCAGAUUAGGGGAGCAGCAGUGUGCAAUCCAGAUAUCUGUGUGUGUGUGUGUGUGUGUGUGUGUGGAUGGGGAGCAUUAAACUUUCAUACAUGCACGUGAGACAUCUGCUGUGACAUGACAGUUGGCUCCAUAACUACAGGAUUAUUGUCAGAGUGGGGAACAGCCUCUAGUGUAAAAUCAGGCUAAGAGGUGUUGUUGUUUACUAAUGAGGCGCGUGCGUCUCACAUCUGUGGCCGGAUGUUCUCCCAGACUAGUUCUACCGAGUUUUCAGAUAGAAAGUGCGGUGCCAUAAAAGGAGCGGUGACGCGCCAUCCUCCUUUUUGCGCGCUUAUGUGGUUUCUGUUCUGCCUUGUAAAGCGCGCGCGCGCGUGUGUGUGUGUGAGAGAGAGUUUUGUGCAGAGGGUGGGGGCGCGGUGGUUCAGUCUAGCUGCGGAGGUUGUGGAGGUUUGAGGGUGUAAAGAGGAGGACGCAGCCUGGGAGCGCAGCGCAGCGGAAAGCGCGCACAUGCGGUCACUUUGCGCUCUUGACUCCAGGACGAACGUCUCACCCGCACUUUGGAAGCUCCACUUUCGCUCAGAUCUGGGAAGGUCGCGCUGCUGGAGGAUGGAGCGUGUGCGGGAUCGCGCCUCCUCUGCUGGGAUGUUUGUGCUCGCUGCGCUCUGCCUGGCGCCAAACGGAGUCUGGAGUUUUAACCUUUACGCAGAGCAUCCCACGGUUUACAGAGGACCCGAUGGGAGUUAUUUCGGGUAUUCUGUGGACUUCUAUCAAGCUUCUACCGACAGGAACACGGUCAGCGUGCUGGUGGGGGCUCCUAGAGCCAACACCUCCCAGCCAGGCAUCGUGGAGGCUGGGGCCGUCUAUUACUGCCCCUGGCCCGGGCUCCCCGAGAGCUGCAGACAGAUUCCCUUUGACAACUCCAAUAACAGAAUGAUCAAAGUGAACGGCACCAGAGAGCCUUUGGAGUUCAAGUCCCACCAGUGGUUUGGAGCUUCAGUCAGAACACACAAGGAAAACGUGGUGGCGUGUGCUCCUCUCUACCGCUGGAGGACGGUGAAGAGAGACGGGGAGAAGGACCCCGUGGGGACCUGCUAUGUGGCCGUCCAGAACUUCAGCGCCUAUGCAGAAUACUCGCCGUGCAGAACCAGUGAUCCGGAUCCAGAGGGGCAGGGCUUCUGUCAGGCGGGCUUCAGCGUGGACUUCACCAAGGACGGGCGGCUGGUUGUAGGAGGACCAGGAAGCUUCUACUGGCAAGGCCAGGUGAUGACAGCAGGGGUAGCUGAGAUACUGAACGGCUACUCCUUGAAGGCGGUGCUGAGACGAGUUGCCGGAGAGAAACAAACCGUAAUGGCGGAAGACACAAACGAUGACAGUUACCUUGGGUAUUCGGUGGCAGUGGGAGAGUUUACGGGAGACUCAGCACAAGAGCUGAUAGCUGGAGUCCCAAGAGGAGCACACAGCUUUGGAUACGUGGCGAUGAUCGACUCCACCAAUCUGACCUUCAUCCAGAACUUCACAGGAGAGCAGAUGGCGUCCUACUUUGGCUACUCGGUGGCUGUGUCCGACCUGAACGGAGACGGGACGGAUGACAUCAUGGUUGGAGCGCCCCUGUACAUGGAGAGGGAGACGGAGACCAAACCCAGGGAGGUGGGGAGGGUUUACCUGUACCUGCAGCUGGCUCCGCUCACCUUCUCCACACCUGUGGCUCUGAACGGCACCUACACGUUCGGACGCUUCGGGUCGGCAGUAGCACCGCUGGGAGACAUCAACCAGGAUGGAUUUAAUGACGUGGCGGUGGGAUGUCCAUUCGGAGGCGAGGACCAUGGAGGCAGAGUAUUGAUCUUUAACGGUAACAGAGACGUUUCCACUAACGCUCUGACGCUGAGCCAGGAGCUCCGGGCCGCCCGCUCCUCCGGUGGAAGCUUGGCUGGAUACGGAUUCACCCUGAGAGGAGGCCACGACCUGGACAGGAACGAAUAUCCUGAUCUGAUCGUUGGGGCGUUUGGAGCGAGUGAGGUCUCCGUCUACAGGUCUCGAGCUGUUGUGUCUGUGGAAGCAACGCUGACUCUAACUCCCAGAAUCCUGAAUCCCGAUGACCGACAGUGUUUCCUCCCUCAGACAGAAAACAGGGUCACCUGGUAAAAAGCAUCUAUCCUUACAUUUUUCACCACAGCAUUUGCACCUGUGUGUGCACUGUGCUGGCUCAGAACUGAACGAACAAACUACACAUCCCGGGCAAGCCCCCAAUUCUAGACAGCUCAAAUGUAAGGGUGUAAGAAAAUAUUGUUACACUAAAAUAUUGCGAUAGUUCAUGUUGUGAUAUCGAAUCGAUAUUAGACUUUGGACUUUUUACGGCCCUCUUUCUGACAGAAUAUCAAUAUGUAAAAGGCGACAAAAUACUUGUUUUUACUUUCAGAAUCAGCCUAAAUUUGAAGUUUAGUUCAGAAUAUUAGAUAAAAAAGUUGAUGGAUGUGCAUCGUAAAUGUAGCUGUUUAAAGGUGCAAAUGAACCAGAAACUAUCUGGGACUUACUAAGAACAGAAGAAACUGGUUAUUUGAUGUGUUUCUGCUGUUUGCAGCAGGGCUGAUCUGAAGUCAGUGUAAAUGUGAGACUCCACCACACUCACAUGGAAACUAAACAAGUUUUUACUGGUUGUUGUCUCAACAGAGUAAAAAAGGUUCCUUUACUGGCUGGUUGCUGUUUGCUUUUUUAACCUCGGUGGCAUUAACGGUGAUGUCUGAGAAGACAAGACAAGAGACACGUUUGGUUUUUAUUUUAGAUGAUAAAGCAUCAGGUCUAGCCCAGCAGCUCUUCACACGCUGCACCGACCUCCGGGACAUCCACUUGUUUUUAUGUCCUAAAAAACAAUUUUCGUCUCCUUCUGUUGGUUUUGGUGCUUCUUUUGGGAAUUACAUCCAUCAUCACUCUCAAACUCAGGCUGACAUGAGAAGUAGCACGUUGCAGUGCCUCGUUAAAUCACUCCUGCUCAGUCUGAGCUGUUAUUUAUUGGAGCUUUGGUGUGACUGCAUGUGCAAGUGGAUUAAAGCUAAAGUCUCAGAUAUGAAGCUAACGAGGCUCUUUGCUGCACUGAGCUUCAGAUUUGUAACAGAAAGCGUCCUCGCUGCAUCCUUAAAACGAUAUGCUCUGUAACGUCUACCCUUUCACAAAUCACAUUCACGCUGACAGAUG